AUGAAUAAACUCUACAUCGGCAAUUUGAACGAGAGCGUCACCCCAGCAGACUUGGAGAAAGUGUUUGCGGAGCAUAAGAUCUCCUAUAGCGGCCAGUUCUUGGUCAAAUCCGGCUACGCCUUCGUGGACUGCCCCGACGAACACUGGGCGAUGAAAGCCAUCGAAACUUUUUCCGGGAAAGUGGAACUGCAGGGGAAAAGACUGGAGAUUGAACACUCUGUCCCCAAAAAACAAAGGAGCCGUAAAAUUCAGAUCCGCAAUAUCCCACCCCAGCUUCGAUGGGAGGUGUUGGACAGCCUGCUGGCUCAGUAUGGCACAGUAGAGAGCUGCGAGCAAGUGAACACCGAGAGUGAGACUGCAGUGGUGAAUGUUACCUAUUCCAACCGGGAACAGACCCGGCAAGCCAUCAUGAAGUUGAAUGGCCACCAGCUGGAGAACCACUCACUGAAGGUCUCCUACAUCCCUGAUGAGCAGAUGGCUCAGGGUCCUGAGAAUGGUCGCCGGGGUGGCUUUAAUUCCAGGGGUCAAGCCCGCCAGGGCUCACCUGUGGUGGCAGGUGCUCCCUCCAAACAACAGCCAGUGGAUAUUCCCCUGAGGCUCCUGGUGCCCACCCAGUAUGUGGGUGCCAUCAUUGGAAAGGAAGGAGCCACCAUCCGUAACAUUACUAAGCAGACCCAGUCUAAAAUUGAUGUUCACCGAAAGGAGAAUGCUGGAGCAGCUGAGAAGGCCAUCAGCGUUCACUCUACCCCGGAAGGGUGCUCUUCUGCUUGCAAGAUGAUUCUGGAAAUCAUGCAGAAAGAAGCAAAAGAUACCAAGACAGCUGAUGAGGUCCCCCUGAAGAUCCUGGCCCACAAUAAUUUUGUGGGACGUCUAAUUGGCAAAGAAGGACGAAACCUGAAAAAAGUGGAACAGGAUACGGAGACCAAAAUCACCAUUUCUUCGUUGCAGGACUUGACCCUUUACAACCCUGAGAGGACCAUCACGGUUAAGGGCUGUAUUGAGAACUGCUGUAAAGCUGAGCAGGAGAUUAUGAAGAAAGUUCGAGAGGCCUAUGAGAAUGAUGUAGCUGCUAUGAGUCUACAAUCUCAUUUGAUCCCUGGCCUCAACUUGGCUGCUGUGGGCCUCUUCCCAGCCUCAUCCAGUGCUGUUCCCCCACCUCCAAGCAGUGUCUCAGGGGCUGCUCCCUAUAGCUCGUUCAUGCAGGCUCCAGAGCAGGAGAUGGUGCAGGUAUUCAUCCCUGCCCAGGCAGUUGGUGCCAUCAUUGGCAAGAAGGGGCAGCACAUCAAGCAGCUGUCAAGGUUUGCCAGCGCCUCCAUCAAGAUCGCUCCUCCAGAGACCCCUGAUUCCAAAGUUCGGAUGGUCAUCAUCACUGGACCCCCAGAGGCUCAGUUUAAGGCUCAGGGAAGAAUCUAUGGAAAACUCAAGGAAGAGAACUUCUUUGGUCCUAAGGAAGAGGUAAAACUGGAAACCCACAUCCGGGUGCCUGCAUCGGCAGCUGGCAGAGUCAUCGGCAAAGGCGGCAAAACUGUCAAUGAGCUGCAGAACUUGACCGCAGCUGAAGUGGUGGUACCUAGAGAUCAGACUCCUGAUGAGAACGAGCAAGUCAUUGUCAAGAUCAUUGGACACUUCUAUGCUAGCCAGAUGGCCCAGCGUAAGAUCCGAGACAUCCUUGCUCAAGUAAAGCAACAGCACCAGAAGGGACAGAACAACCAGACUCAAGCACGGAGGAAAUGA